CAUCUACGACCGUCAUGAACAUCUGUGACGCAAGUCCUGUCUUGGGAUACCACCAGGGCAUCAUUGCCUACUCCAACAAUGACAGGGGCAAAGUGAAAUGUUCUGUAACGAUUAAGACUCCUGCUGGCACCUCUGUUGGAUUCAACUGCAUGUCAUUCCAGCUCAACAACAAAGGAUGUGGGAGGGAGUUUCUCAAGCUAACAACAACUGAUAAAAAAGGCAAGAAGAAGUUCUGUAAGACGAGGAAACCUAAUGGGGUAGUGUUCGAAGCCAACGAAAUAUCCAUUCAGUACAAAAGGAAGAAACUGAAAAAGAAAGAAUGCUCAGGAGGUUUCAUAUGCGAGAUUUAUACUGUUGGGGCUCCACCACUUGAUGACUUAAUACUCACAUACCAGGCAAAACAACAGUUGCUAUACUCGAUGGAGUACCUGGAGAAUGUGGUGGAUGCAGCACGAGGCCUCCUUCAAAGACUGUCAGACGUCCUGAAGAAUAAUCCAGCAACUUCCCGGAAAAAGCAGAGACGCCAGGCCCAAAGUAGCAGUGUUUCUGAAAGAUCACUGGAGAGGUUGAUUGAAUUACUUGCCCUUUCAGUCUCUGCCAUCAGAAAUCCGGACGCUGGCUUGAUCAAUAGCACCAUCGCUGAAAUGCUGAUUUAUCUAGGUGAUGUCGACAUUUUGCUAGCACGGGUCAGUGCCAACCCUUCAAACUUCAAUUUAAGUUCAGUGAGCAAAAGUGUGGACGACGGAUUUAAGAUUUUAAAUGAAUGGGACAUGGCCUUCACCCCAAGUUAUAAUGGAGUUACAGCAGAACUUAAGGAUGUAGGGGCUCAAAUCAUCCAGGAUAGUGGCAACACACCUGCUCCACUUCCACCAGCUCCAACUGCUCCUCCUCCUGCUCCACUCCCACCAGCUCCAACUGCUCCUCCUGCUGCACCACUCCCACCAGCUCCUCCUGCUCCUCCUCCUGCUUUGGAAACAAUUGCUCCAGUUCCGAUGGUUACAACUCCUCCUGUUGCCAACCCCAAUCCUGCUCAAACGAUGUUGCAUACAGAUAAUUUAACUAAAGAAACAGUUAGUCCAGCUCUCGACGUUACAGCUCCUCCUGUUAUCAGACCUACUGCUGCUCAGCCAACAGCAGACAUUGACAUUACUACAGCUGAAGGUCCAGUGUUUACAACUCCUCCUGUUGACAGAACUACUGCUGCUCAAGUGACCCCAGAAAUCAUCUUUACAACUAAAGAAACAAUUGCUCCAGGUCCAGUGUUUACAACUCGUCCUGUUGACAGAACUACUGCUGCUCAAAUGACCCCACAAAUUAUCUUUACAACUAAAGAAACAAUUGCCCCAGGUCCAGUGUUUACAACUCAUCCUGUUGACAGAACUACUGCUGCUCAAAUGACCCCAGAAUUCGUCUUUACAACUAAAGAAACAGCUGCCCCAGGUCCAGUAUUUACAACUCAUCUUGUUGACAGAACUACUGCUUCUCAAAUAACCCAAGAAAUCGUCUUUACAACUAAAGAAAUGGCCCCAGGUCCAGUGUUUACAACUCGUCCUGUUGACAGAACUACUGCUGCUCAAAUGACCCCAGAAAUCGUCUUUACAACUAAAGAAACAGUUGCUCAGGGUCCAGUGUUUACAACUCGUCCUGUUGACAGAACUACUGCUGCUGCUCAAGUGACCCCAGAAUUCGACCUUACAACUAAAGAAAUGGCCCCAGGUCCAGUGUUUACAACUCGUCCUGUUGACAGAACUACUGCUGCUCAAAUGAUCUCAGAAUUCAACCUUACAACUAAAGAACCAAUUGCUCCUGCUCUUGACAUUACAAAUCCUACAGUGAUCAGAACCUCUCUUGCUCCAACCACAUCAAAAAUUGACAUUUCAACUGAAGAUGACCUUAAUUACUUAGUAACACCAAAACUUGAUAGACUGCAGAUGCCUUCCCUGGCGGUUGCCUGGGGUGUUUUACUGUCGGCUGGGGCGACCAAGACUGUGAAGAGCCUCACUGUGUGUGGUGGCGGCCUGGUACAGGCCGUGGGGACACCCAGGUGCGGAGCGGAACCACAGGUGAGCUGCGGCAUCAGCAGGUCGAGGGAACCCACAGGUAGCGGCGUCGGCAGGCAGGGGAGGCCCACAGGUGUGGCAGCGGUGUCGAUGGGCCGAGGACUGCAGGCGAUGGCAUCGGAAGGGUGA